AUGGUAGAUGAUUCGCAUUCUCAGAAAGAAUUAUUUUUACUUCCUUCACUGACCUCGUUAGGUUCGGUGGGUUACCGGCGCGCUCGAUCUGACCAGGCUAGUGCUGAGGUUACUGACAGAGAAAUUAAAGGGGGCACUUGUGUCGAGGGUGUUGCCUCCAUACGAGGCGUGCCACCAAUCCCUGACCUUCCUAUUGUCAAACAGACUAUAGUUGGCAGCUCAGGGACUCCUGCACCUCCACCGAAUGGAAUUUUUGGUCUACGUGGUCAAUCGCAGUCAAGCCCAGAGACUGGCCCUUUGCCUCCCAUGGCCCAUCAGACUGUAGCAACCCCAUUUGCCAUGGCUGCAGAGCUUCAGGAUAACUCUUCGGAUUCCUCCAUCUUGUUAGACAGGCACUCAGGUCUCUCCCUAGACCCGAGGCAAUACCAACUUGAGCUUGACUGGCCUGACUACUACUCCCGUCUAAUCCCAAAAGCUGGCUCAGAUACUAGAUAUUCUGGCGCUCUCUCAGAAAGUAUGGGUGGCCAGAUAAACACUGAUGACGGCGCGUUGGAAAGUUGGUCGGCUGACAGACAACCGGUUGUAUUCCUGGUUCAAGUACGCCUUUUUCAGGAUCCUGGUGGAACUUUGGUCCCAACCGAAGCUAUGGCAGAUUCAAAUCAGCCGAUUGCAAAUGAGCAGCUCUUUGGACAAUGGAAAAAUUUGGUUUGGGUGGGUGAAUUAUAUCUUGUGUAA